AUGUACCAGGGAAGGAGAAUCCCGCUGAUUGUGCAUCACGUGGUCUUUGCACAGAGCGUUUCAUCGAGCACGAGCUUUGGUGGAACGGUCCAACCGCGUUUGAGGAAGCAACCGAAUCUUUCCUCAGAAUCUCUUAGCCCGGAAGAUCUUCACAGUCGACUGUUGUGGUGUAAGAUCGUACAACAAUCUUGGUUCUCUCACGAGAUACGCAUUCUUUUUCAGGGAGGAAACCUUUCUCGUUUUAAUCACUUGAUUCGACUCACUCCGUUUAUCGAUAAGGACGGGAUUUUGAGAGUGGGCGGUCGUCUCCACUUCGCCAAGAUCGACGACGAAACUAAACACCCAGUCAUUCUGCCACGACGUUCGCCUUUUACGACACUUGUCAUUGCCGACGCUCACUGCAGAACUCUUCACGGAGGUACUCAAGUGACUUUAAGUUUUCUGCGACAAACCUACUGGGUCCUCGGAGGCAGAGCUCCGCCACCUCGGCCAUCCAUAUUGAAAUCGGAUUACACCACGAAAGCUUUCUUAGCGGCAUAUAAGAGAUUUUCCGGCCGCCGUGGAGUUUGCGCGACUUUGCGAAGCAACUGCGGGACAAAUUUUGUCGGCGCAGAUUCGAUCUUACGUCAACGUUUUGCUACGUCGUCCAAACAGCUGCGGGACCUGGCAUUUCUCCUCGCGAAUGACGGAAUCAAGUGGCUAUUCAAUCCUCUUUCCGCGCCGCACUUUGGAGGAAAAUGGGAAGCAGCUGUGAAAUCUACCAAGUAUCACCUCACUAGCUUGCUAGGUGACACCACCCUUACUUAUGAGGAACUGUCCACGAUAGUAAUCCAAAUAGAGGCCGUUUUGAACUCACGCCCUCUUUGCCCGUUGUCUGACGACCCAGAGGAUCUGUUUGCCUUGACGCCAGGUCAUUUUCUCAUCGGUGAGGCACCAACUGUAAUACCGGAGCCUAGUCUGGCCGAGGAGACUCUUUCCCGACUUUCGCGGUGGCAGUUGGUCCGUCAGAAAGUGGAUCUCUUCUGGAAUAGAUGGUCUGCUGAAUGCCUUCAGAGAUUUCAGGCUACUUCUAAAUGGCACCACCCAUCCAACUGCAUAGUCAAAGGAUCGCUGGUUCUCGUGACUGAUGAGCGUUACCCACCAGCCAAAUGGCCACUGGGAAGAGUUAUCGAGCUGCAUAAAGGACCUGAUGGAUUGGCCAGAGUUGUGACGCUUCGGACAGCCAGUGGAUUUUACAAAAGGCCUAUCACGAAACUUUGUGUCCUACCUAUUGACCCCGACGCAGGCUAUCUGACGGCGUCGCCGGAUGCCGGGGGGAAUGUUACGGAAACGUGUUAA